UUCUAUCUUAUUUAGCUAUGUUAGAAGAGGGCUGGGGCACUUCUGAACACGAGCAAACAAUUACUUCAGUCAUCUCUGAAGGAGAGAAAGAAAGAAAGAAAUCCCAGGAGGACUUGGAUACAGAGACAUCGCUGUCUAUGCCAUCGGUUCUGUGUCCCAGCCCUCAAGAACUGGGAGUCAAAAUCAUGACUGACCAACAUUCCAUGAACACCUCUCCUUGUCCACCAGAGGCAUCAAGAUCUGCUCUGGGAGAUACACCUUCACCUGACCAGAAGAGUAAUAUAUGUAAUAAAGAUAAAUAUAUGUUUAUGAUAUUAAACAUAAAUGUACUGGAAUGUACUAGUCAGCAUACAUUGUAUAUAUAUGAGAAUAUAAAGGAAGUAACUUUGAAGUAUAUUCCAUCUAUUUUAGAAACUUCUAGUUAUGAAAAUGAAAUAUAUAAAUACACACCAUAUAUUGAAGAUAUUAAAAUGUGUUACGAUACAUUAAAAAAAAUCAGAAUAGAUCCUAAUGAAAAGAGACGCCAAUAUGCAGUUGCAUAUUUAUGUAAGAAAGAUGGAUCUGUACUUAUGAGAGGACCAUUUUCCCGAAGACACAGACAUAGUGAAGAUUUCAUUAUUGAAGAAAUUUCUGAAUUGGUAAAAAAAAAUGAGAUCAUUCAUUACUCUAAAAUUUUGAUUUACACAGUAAAUAGUCCCUGUAUAGGGAGAAAAGGUCAAAUUCCUUGUAUGUGUAAAUUAAUUGAUUUAUCAGUCAAAUUAAGUAAGAACUAUGGAAUUAAAAUGUAUAUUGCCUUCAGUACAUUUUAUGUAUUUAUCAAAAACAUUGCUGAUAUUAUUGGAAACAGUAAAGAACUGGAAGACGAUUGGAUGAAAAUUAUUGAAUAUUAUAAUUUACAGCAAGUUAAGUUUUCUGUUACAUUCCCAAAAUUUGAGAAAAUGAACAUAUCAAAAAAAAAAAUUCCAACUGACACUGUUAUAAAUAUAUGUAAGAAGGUGUGGACUAAAGAAUUAGGCAAACAAAUCACUGAAAUUAUUAAUGAACAGGUUGUUCGAUUCUACCUGAACAAGAUACAGGCCAUUGAACAUUAUCCCGUGUUUAUCCCAUUAGCCUAAGCUGACUAUUAAUUUGUGUUUUCUUUCCUCAUUUUUCGAAUAAAUUUACUAUAUUUUA